AUGAAUAAAAAUACUGCGAUCGUGCCCGAUUCUGAGCUUCAUGUACAAUCGGAUUCGCUAUGGACCGCCAUCAAGAAAUAUUUUAUGUCUUAUCCAAGGUUGGCUGCCAAGGGAUUAGCUUUGAGGAUGCCUUGGUUAUCUUUCGACUUCAUAGUUGAAUUUCUCGCCAUCCUUCCCGUCCCACAGGUGGCAGUUGCAGUUCUCUUUUUCAAAGUGAAAGGGUUAAAGAACGUGUCUGAUGAGAGCAGGGCCUUAAGCUUAUAUAGGGCUAGGUCAAGUCGUCUCUACUCAUCAUCGAGGGCCGACUUGACUAAUCUUCCAAGCCCACCAAAUCGAGAACAUAUGAUCCACAUCAAGACCACUUAUCCAAAAUUUAGAAAGAGAACAAAGUGGCUACAAGAUAAGCACAAUACCACUUGCAUUCAAUGGCUACGCUUUAAGGUUCAAAGUCAACUUGAUGGGGAAGACAAUAAUGGUGUAUUAGAAAAUUUGAGGUGGCUAGCAGCUGGUCCAAGCAUAGCAGUGCCAUCAUAUAAGAGCUAUCUUAUCAAAGGUAUUAAAUUUAACACCAAGGCACAAGAUGAUGUGCGUGCAGUUCAAAAUAGUGGAGUUUAUUUACUUGCACAUGCUAUGCAAGUUGCUAGUGCCAAGGAUAAGAACCCAAUUGUCUCAAAUAUGGGUUUUUAUGGUGACAUUCAAGAUAUUUGGGACCUUGAUUACCAAAAGUUUACAAUCACAGUCUUUAGGUGUGAUUGGAUAGAUAGCACUUCUGGCCUUGUAGUUGACGAGAUCUGA